CGUGCGCGUUCUGCAGUGUGGCCUUUUUCGAGCGCGUGCGCCUGGGCUUCGGCUUCAGCGAAAUGGCUUGGUUCUACGGCACGUUGACCCUAGCCAACGGACUGGUGCUGUACUACUUCAUGCCGGAGACGAAGCACCUUGCCCUGGAGACCAUCCUGCUCGACGAAUGCCCCAUCGAGGACAUGCUUGGCCGGCGUCGCUCGUUCCACCCCAGCGUUGCGUCUGGCAGCAAGCGGCCAACUCUGUCAUCGGUGGGUAGCGUUGGUCGUUUGGGUAUCUCCCUGCAACACUCGGGUCCCCACUGCAAGUCGGAGAGCAUGUCCUGCGAAAUCCCCAGCCCUUUCAAGACGGACCACUCGCCGGACCAAUCGCCGGACCAACCACAGCCUUCCACUCGUUGA